UUAAACACUGAACCACACAUGCCGCGGCAAGCAAAAAAAGAUGCGCAGGAGUCCAAAUAUCUCCGAAGAGACACGUCAUCUGCUUGAGUGGGCUGGGCAAGGACGUAAGGCCGUGGUCGGAAAGAAGCGCUCUUUUCUCUGUUAUAGAACCGUGAUCUGUGAAACGCAUGUACCUGUGUUACAUAGACCCAUACGUAUACAACUCUAACGCUGUUAUUAUGUUUGUCCUUAGCCUGAUCAAGGGUAAGGCUCUCGGUUACGGCUUGGGACGCAGCUACGGCGGCUACCACGGCGGCUACGGCUACGGCGGCGGCUACGGCGGUUACUACGAGCCCGCUCCCGUCUACUACGCUCCCACCUACUACAGCGCUCCGUCCUACAGCCACGGCUCUUACGGAUAUGGCGGCUACGGCUACUACGGCUACGGUGGCUCUGGAUGGUAAAUUUCAUCGUUUCGAGACGUGGACUUUUGGUGUCGACCUUCAGUGAUGAAUCACUACCCAGUACCUGCUCCGAUUAUUUUGUAAUUUAUAUAAAUAAAA